UCUUCGCGUCGGACGCUUUCCGGAUAACGAGCUCUCUAGAUAGUCAACAAAUUGGAAGAUACUGUUACUAGUUCAGUAGUUGGUAAAUGAAAUUUCCGUAAAUAAUCAUGAGUGGCGGAGAAACGAAGUUUUCAAGUGUGUACAUCCCGAUUGUACUGUUAUUGGUCGCAGUGCUUAAUCUAGCGACCGCUCAGAAUGGCGAACAUCACUGUGUAGCGUACGGAAUUUGUCACACGAUCGGCAUGCACUCUCAGAACUGUCCGACAAGUGAUCCUCCGAAGCCCUUGGACAAUCUGGCAGCGGUAGAGAUCAUGCGAAGACGUUGUGGGUUUAUGUUCGAAUCCGAGGAUACUCCCGUUUGCUGUGACUUCAAUCAGUUGGUAGAGUUGGAUAAUAACUUCAAAAAUGGUGAGAUGAUUUUCGGUCGGUGCGAUACCUGCAUCAAGAAUAUGCUGUUUAGUAUAUGCAGCAUGGCGUGUAGUCCAGAGCAGAGUCGUUUUCUGACAGCCUUUCCCAGUGAAGAUGGAACUUACGUAGAGAAGGUGGAAUAUCGUAUCGAUCGGGAACACGUGAAAGGGGUGUAUGAUUCGUGCAAGGGUAUCAUCGUUCCGUCGAGUGGAAAAUAUGCAAUGGACAUGGCUUGUGGAGGCUGGGAGGCAAGUCGGUGUACCGCAGAGCGAUGGUACGAAUUUCUGGGAGAUUCCAUUAACAAUGAGUACGUACCGUUUCUGAUAGAGUACCAGUAUCCGGAAGAACCAGAGGUGCGCUACAACCAGGAUGUUCUGCCUUGUAACGAGUCAUACGAUAACUCGGUAAGCUGUUCGUGUGUGGAUUGUUUCGAUAGCUGUCCCGUUACGAACCCCCCGGAGGCAGAAGAUCCCGGCUUUUUGAUUGGAGACCUGAACGGAAUAACUUUUGUGAUUGCAGUAGGAGUCGGAGGCUUUGGGUUAUUGUGGAUUUUGUUGACAUCUCUGUUCUGGAAGGGCUACGGCAAGUCAAAAGAUGUUCCGGAAUUCUGCGGAGGAUUCCAGUCCGUCAAUGGUGCCCUGAUGAGUUUUUUCUCUGCUUGGGGAACUUUUUGUGCCGCACAUCCGAUUCUGGUUCUGGCAAUUUGCUCCUGGUUGAUUGCCGGUCUAUGCUAUGGAAUCAUUUUCCUUCAGAUUACAACUGAUCCCGUUGAGUUGUGGGCUGCUCCGCAGAGUCGUUCACGUUUGGAGAAAGAUUAUUUUGAUGAACGAUUUUCGCCAUUUUUCCGCACCGCACAGAUUUUUAUCAAACCGAUCAAGCAGGACUACAUCAUCCAUCCAACCGCUACGGGCAACAUCACUUUUGGUCCAGCAUUUGACAAAGAGCUCUUGCUGGAAGUGUUUGCAUUACAGGAAAACAUUGAACAGAUUGGUCAGGAAGAAGGAGCAGGUCUGGAGAAGAUCUGCUACGCUCCGAUGACGGCUGCCGGAAAGGAGACCGAAUUAAGCGAAUGUACUGUUCAGUCGGUGUUUGGAUACUUUCAGAAUAGUUACGACAAAUUCAAUGAUGUUUACACGGAUAUCGAAGGUUACGAAAUGACAUACCUAAACAUCAUCAACGAUUGUACAAAAAACGCGUAUCUGCCGGCUUGUUUCGGUCCUUACGGUGGUCCAGUAGAGCCGGGAGUUGCAGUCGGUGGCUUUCCAAAAUCAGAAGAUGGCGGAAGUCCAAAUUUUAGACUGGCCACCGGAUUGGUGAUGACAUUUUUGAUCAAGAACAAAGCCGACAAGGAUAAGCUGGGGCCAAUGAUGGAGUGGGAGAAGAAGUUUAUCAAAUUUAUCGAGAAGUUCGAGAGUCCUCUGAUGGACAUUGCAUAUACGGCGGAACGUUCGAUUGAAGACGGAAUCGAUGCAAUGUCCGAAGGGGAGAUGAUAACCGUUAUCAUCAGUUACGUGGUUAUGUUUGUGUACAUCACGGUUUCGUUAGGGAAAAUAUCCGGUUUCAGGACUUUCUUCAACGAAUCCAAAAUCACUUUGGCUGUUGGAGGAAUUACGGUCGUGUUAGUGUCAGUAGCUUGCAGUUUGGGAUUCUUUGGCUACCUUCAACUGGCCACCACUAUGUUAACCAUUGAAGUGAUACCGUUUCUGGUGCUAGCGAUUGGAGUGGACAAUAUCUUCAUGUUGGUUCACGCGUACCAGCGAAUCGAUCGGGUGGAAACUCCCGAAACGUCCCAAGCGAUCGGUAAGGCUCUGGGACAAAUUGGCCCAUCGAUUCUUCUGACCUCGGCAAGCGAGUGCUGCUGCUUUGCUAUCGGAGGUCUGUCUCCAAUGCCCGCCGUAAAUACCUUUGCUUGGUAUGCCACGGUGGCACUGUUAGUGGAUUUCAUCCUGCAGAUAACGGCAUUUGUAGCAUUGAUGGCACUGGAUGAGCGCCGGGCUGCCAGCAAACGUCUGGACUUGCUAUGCUGUAUCAAGAGUAAACAAGAAUCAAACAAGACGCAAGGUACUGGUUUUCUGGAGAAAAUCUUCGGCAAUUACUACGCUCCGUUUCUUAUGCAAAAUAGUGUGAGACGGAUAGUUUUGGUCGUAUUUCUAAUUCUGUCGUCGCUAUCGCUUAUGAUUGUGCCAAAUAUCGAGCCUGGAUUGGACCAGCAGCUGUCCAUGCCUAAGGAAUCACAUCUGGUCAAGUAUUUCCAGUUCAUGGCCGACCUGCUCUGGAUGGGACCGCCGGUAUAUUUUGUGCUCAAGCCAGGGUUGAACUAUUCGGACACGUCGGAUCAGAACGUUGUUUGCGGAGGAGUGCUGUGCGAUCCGGACUCGAUUCAAACGAUGUUGUAUUUGGCCUCCUUGUACCCGGAAAUAACCCGAAUAGCUAGACCGGCUUCGUCCUGGCUGGACGAUUACAUUGACUGGCUGAGUAUCGACACUUGUUGCCGUUACAAUGAGGAAGACGGUUCGUUCUGUUUGAGCAGUAAUACCAGCUGCAGCGUAUGUCCCAAGGAGUUCGACGAAACCGGCAUUCGUCCGACAGUGGCACAGUUCGAGCGCUACAUGGAGUUCUUCCUUUCGGAUAUACCGGAUGAUCGAUGCGCGAAGGCGGGUCGGGCUGCAUACCUAACGGCGUUGAACUACGUGACGGAUGCGUUCGGACAUUUGAACGUCCAUGAUUCGUACUUUAUGACCUAUCAUACGACUGUUAUAACUUCCAGAGACUUCUACGAAGCUCUGCAGUGGGCCCGGAAGGUAUCCGACGAUAUCCAGCGAACACUGGAUGUGAAAAACACCGGAGUGGAAAUAUUUCCGUACAGUGUGUUCUACGUGUUUUACGAGCAGUAUUUGACAAUCUGGGAAGAUGCACUGCUAUCACUUGGGCUAUCGUUGGCCGCAGUGUUUGUGGUGACAUUUUUAGUAACUGGACUGGAUAUAGUUUUUUCGCUGAUUGUAGUGCUGAUGGUGUUUUUGAUACUGCUGAAUAUGGGAGGUUUCAUGUGGCUUUGGAACAUAACCUUAAACGCGGUAUCGUUGGUGAAUUUGGUUAUGUGUGUCGGAAUUGGAGUCGAGUUCAUUUCGCACAUUGUCAGAUCGUACAAAAACGAAACAGGAAGCAAAAAUCAAAGAGCUAGAUUGGCUCUAGCUAAAACAGGAAGCAGUGUGUUCUCCGGAAUAACACUAACCAAAUUUGCGGGGAUCGUGGUUCUAGCGUUUGCGAAAUCACAAAUUUUCCAAAUCUUCUACUUCCGGAUGUACCUGGGAAUCGUGCUGAUCGGAGCGAUUCAUGGUCUGAUACUUCUUCCCGUUGUACUGAGCUAUGUUGGACCUCGACCAGUAGACCCUGUGAGACACAAGACUGAAGUUUUUUAUGCACCGAUGGCAGGAUCAGCACCGGAGUUGUCUCAUUCGGAGCACAGACAACGCGAUUCGAUGGCUCAGAAACGUACCUAA